UUCUACUGUUUCAUAUGUCAACAAUUCUAACCUCAAAUGAAUUAAAUUUAUAAAUAUUCAAGAUAUGAAUUAAUUUACCAGCAUUGAUUAUAUUACUGUUGUUAACUUUUGGUUCUAAGGAGUAGAAAUAUGGAUAAGGUUUUAUCACAGAACAUAAGAACUGUUUGUAGAGCUCUACUUGAUAGCAAAUAUACUGCCCGAGAUGUAACAAAACAUGCUCUGAAACAAAUAGAUGACACCAAAGAAUUGAAUGCAUUCAUCACCAUAACCCACAAAAUAGCUAUAGAAUCGGCUGAUCGUUCAUCUGAAAAUUAUCAGAUGAAAAAGCCAAGAUCAGAAUUAGAGGGAAUUCCUAUAGCCAUCAAAGACAAUUUCUGCACCAAAAAUGUGAAAACAACUUGUGGUUCUAAAAUGUUGGAACAUUUCAUACCGCCUUAUAAUGCAACAGUUUGCCAAAGAUUAUUUGAUGCUGGUGCUGUACUUGUUGGCAAAACUAAUUUGGAUGAAUUUGCUAUGGGUUCUGGAACUGUAGAUUCAAUUUAUGGUGUAACAAAAAAUGUUUGGGGUUCUAGCAAAGGCUCAACAGAUUUCUACAUAGCAGGAGGAAGCAGUGGUGGGAGUGCUGUUGCUGUAGCUACAGGAAGUUGCUUUGGGGCUUUUGGUUCUGACACUGGAGGAUCUACAAGAAAUCCUGCUUCAUAUUGUGGAUUAGUUGGGUUGAAACCAACUUAUGGCCUUAUAUCUAGACUAGGACUUAUUCCAUUAGUAAACUCAAUGGAUGUACCAGGAAUUUUAACGAGAACAGUAGAUGACUGUGUCUCUCUUCUUAAUGCAACUGCUGGUCCUGAUCCUAAAGAUUCAACUUGUAUAACAAAACCUUACACUAAAUUAAGAAUCCCACCAGCUGAUAAACUCUCUAUUAAAAACUUGAAAAUCGGAAUCCCAAAAGAAUACGCUUGUGAGUAUUUAGACAAUGAAGUACUGCAUACUUGGAAUGAAAUUGCUUCAUUUCUUGAAAAUUCUGGCGCGCAUGUAAUAGAGGUGGAAAUGCCUCAUACUGAAUUAAGUAUUGUAUGCUAUUCUAUUUUGAACCAAUGUGAAGUUGCCAGCAACAUGGCAAGAUAUGAUGGUGUGCAAUAUGGCUUUCGAGCAAAUGAAGAAACCUCUACUGAAAAACUCUAUGCUAAGACGAGAAGUAUUGGUUUCAAUGAUGUUGUUAAGCAUAGGAUAUUAACUGGAAAUUAUUUCCUUUUGACCAGAAAUUAUGAGAGGUACUUCGAAAAAGCUCUGAAAUUGAGGAGAUUGAUAGCCACAGAUUUCGAUAAUGUUUUUGAAAAGGUUCAAAUCUUAUUAACUCCAACAACAUUGACCACAGCACCGCUUUAUAGCGAAUUCAUAACAAAAUCUAACAGUGAACAAUGCAGUCAGCAAGAUUACUGUACUCAACCGGCUAAUAUGGCUGGAAUUCCUGCUGUUUCUAUUCCAAUCAAGUUAUCUAGUGCAGGACUCCCAAUAAGUUUACAACUGAUGGGAAGAAAUUUCAGUGAACCCACAUUAUUGGCAUUAGCAAAAUUCAUUGAAAAUGAAGUAAAAUUUCCUCACAUUGUGGAAAAAAUAUUAUGAAUUAGUUCAACAUUGUCUAGUGUUACUUUUUACGUUCUCUAAUACUUUAUAACGAAUGAACAAGAUACGACUGCCCAAAAAAAUUUUUGGAGGAAUAAAGUUUUAUUUGUUA